AUGCGUGUCUCAUACGAGUCCACGAAAAGUGUGUAUUUAGUGAUUGGUGUCAUAUCUGUGGUCACAUCUGUGGUCACAUUCACACCAUUCACUCACCUCACAAAGAUUGAAAGACUGUGUGAAAGGAUGGCGAAGGCAUUGAAGACAGAGUUUGUGAUCGCUUUGGACGAAGACUCCGAUAGCGAAGACAUUGAGGACAUUGAGGACAUUGAGGACAUUGAGGUGACAGACCUGACCGGUGAUAACGAUGUGAUAAGUACUGAAACUAUUGAUGAAAGUGUUGCCAAAGUGUUGGACUCAGUGAUCGAGUCGGUGGCCACACUGCCACUACUUGAUGACAUGAGACACGACAAUGAUGUCCAAGAAGUGGACAUAGAGUUAGAGUCGAGAGCAGACAAUACGAGCAAAGAGUUACCAUCUGUUGAGCGCUUUAUACCCAAUCGGACGGCUUCUCCGGUGUUUACGUCGGACUCAUUCAUACCCCUCUCAACAGCCGCCACAACCUCUUACAGCCGAUACUUAAACCACAGCAGAAAUGCUGACACCAGAGCUAAUGCCACCACAAGUAGUGAUAGACUCGUCCGACCCAUUGAUGACGUCGAAGACGUUGAUAAUCUCGAAGUCAAUAUCUGUAACAAUGAUUCGGAUGAUGAAGACUUGGAGGGCGAGGACUGUAUGGUUAUCGACGAUAUAACCACUCAUUUCGACGAUGAAGUGCACAAAGAGUUGUCCGACAAAGAGAUGGACGGUUCGGAUGACGAGAUAGAGUUGAUCGAAGAAUGCAAUCUACAGAACAAAUCAAACGAUAAUUCCAAAGAGAAACCUGUGAUCGAAGAUAAUGUGAUUGAUUUGAGUGAUGACGAAGACGACUGUGUUAUUAUCAACGACUCAUUUACUGCCAAACUCAACAAAUUGACAGAAUAUGUGCCUGAACCUUUUUGGACUGACUUUGGUCCCAAACCAUUCAAACCAUGUGAGCCUUCAUCGCAAUCAUAUAUACCAUUCCUAGAGCCGAGCACUUCAUCCGGUUAUAGAGGAGGGAGUUCUGUAGCAAAACGUCCGCAUCCUUCUCACCACUAUAACAUGCAUUCCUCCACUUCUUCAUCCACUAGUGAUCUUCAGUAUACGGGUAGACCUUCAAUGGAGUCGACAUGUUAUACAAACAGUUCCAAUCGUUUCGUCAGCACUUAUGGUUCAAAAGUAGACGAAGAAAUUCCAUUCUUAUAUAACGAACCAAACACUUCCACUUCCAGUGAUUUGGUGGACAGUUCGGACAUCAAUGAUAUCGAUCUGAUCGCUGAAUGUGUAAAACUGGACAAAAGUGUUGUCCGCAAUGUGUUGAAUCUGAUCGAAGACCAGUGCACCGUUCCGUUCAUUGUUAGGUACAGACAGUCGGCCAUCAGUGGUAUCGAUGCCGACAAAGUCCGUCGAAUUAACAUUGUUUACAAUGAAGUGAAAAGAGCUAAAGAAAGAGCCAAAGAAGUUGAGGCGACGCUCGCAAAACAGGACCGAAUGAAUCCUCGGCUCAGUUUGGCUUUGAGUCGCUGUAAGAAUGUCUUCGAAGUCGAACAUCUCUAUAGGUUGUGUCGAAAUGAGAGCGAAUCCGCGGAAAAGUUUAGAAAUUUAGGUCUCAGUGACAGCGCUAUCGCUGUUCUCGAGGGACAGCGUCCCGAUCCCAACCAUUUCGUCAAGAGAUUUGCUGCCGAACUCGAUUGCCCAGAAUCUGUGACUGAGGGCUGGUGUGCCAUCAUCGCUGAUAUAAUCAGCAAAGACUGUGAUGUUCUUGAGUUUUUAAUCGCUGCUUAUAAACAAUACACUCCAAAACUAGCGGUUGACGAAAAUCCUGAGAAAAUAGAGGAAUUGAUUCGUGAAAAUGAUCCCAAAAACAUAGAGUUAUUGCAAAAGUAUCGGCGCUUUAAUUCGUUUAAGAAGCCAAUCACUCAAAUCAACGCUCAUUCAUAUAUGGCUAUCGAAAGGGGCGAAUCCAUUGGCAUUCUUUACGUUAACAUAGAGUUCGAUACAAUUAUUUUGAAUAAAUUGACUGAUUAUUGUACUCUCAAGUGGAACCGUUGUAUUUCCACAUUUUUGGCCAAUUCUGUUAAAUAUGCGUUCAAUAAUCAACUGAAG